AUGUACAUCAAAUCUGGCCACCGAUUUCUCAGCGAUAAAGGCCAAAUAAUCUUUCCCGGACCACCGACACGUUCGCCAGCGUUGUACUAUCAGACGACCCCAUCGACGACAACUACCACCAGCACGACCACGAUGGCUUCCCUGCCGGAAUCGGGAGUUAGUGAUGAAAAUGGAAACUAUAUAGUGCCAGAUAUGUGGCAGAGUAAAUCAAGCUCCGGUUCGGACAUGCUGUCCGAUAAAAUACAGAUGUUUUACAUCUACAUCACCGUCACAAUAACGUCCGUCUUCAUUAUAGUCGUGCUGGGCAUUUUUGGAUACAUGUGCUACAAGAGGAAAGGAUUUCAGAAUAUCGAUGGUCCUCAAGCACCUAUCGAAACUACGAGGCGAAGAAGCAGCACUCACAGAUCCACUCGUAGGUAUUCGCGAAACAUUUCGAAAGAACGUGAAGCCGCAGCAUCUGCAGCAGUCGCUGAAGACAAUCCCGGACAAACGUUGCUUCGGUGA